AUGUCAACCAGCGAACGCGAGCGGCUCGCCAACAUCGCACACAACAAAGCCAUCCUCGCCCAGCUCAAGCUCGACACCGCCGGGGAAGGGUUCUUCGGGCCCAAGCCCGCCCCUCCCAUAAAGGAAAAGAAGGCAAAGCCUGUCCAAACUUUGAGGAAACGGAGGUCUUCUCCCGUCUUGCCGGAACGGGUGAUGCCCACCCGGAGCUCGACGCGGCUUAAGAGGGCGGCGUUUGAGGACCCGAACGAGAGCCCCGAUGCUAAGAAACGGCGAUUGGAGAGUGAGGCCGAAGCGCGUCGUUUGCAGGAAGAGGAAGCGAUGGCCGAGAUCGAGCGGCAGAUUGCUGCUUCUCGCCCGAGACAUCAGGAUCUUGAUCUUUCCACGAUGGGGAUCAAAGAGGAGGAGGAGAGCCUCGCUUCGCUCAGUUCAACUUUCCGGGCUGUGGACGUCGACGGUGCGAAACGGUCGUAUCUAGGCGACGUGGGCGUGGAUGAGGACGUCAAGGGUGAUCCGGGGAUGGAGGAUCUCAAGGAGAGGUUCGCUAAGCUUGUCGUGAAGAGCAGGGCUAAGGUCACGGAGGAUCGGAUAUACUCUGCCGUGUAUCAUCCUGAGCGGACGAAAGAUCUUAUCUUCUUUGGGGACAAGCACGGCCAGCUGGGUAUUUGGGACGCACAGGCUCCACCAGACGAGCCGGCGGAUGAGGAGGACGAGGAAGCGAAGGAGACUGCCGAGGGUGGGAAGUACUGGCGCUUGCAGCCGCACUGGCCCGCAACGAGCAAGAGCAGCAUCUCGUGCGUCAAGAUCGACCCGCUUAACGCCCAGUGCAUGUAUACAACCGCGUAUGACUGCACCCUCCGGCAUACGUCUUUCGAGAGCAGCGUGUCGCGCGAGAUCUUCUCCCUUGAGAAGACGCUUCUCUCUACUGUGGAUAUCACCCCCAGCGGACAGGAGCUGUGGAUCUCGGACGUACAGGGCGGGCUGACGCAUUUGGAUAUCCGGGAACCGAGGUACAGUGCUGUAAGGUGGUCGAUAAACGAAGCGCAGAAGAUCGGCUGCGUGAGCGUCAACCCUACGAGCCCGCAUCUGCUCCUAACAGCCUCGAACGAUCGGACGAUCAAGAUCUGGGACUCGCGCAAGCUACCCCACCUUCUUCAGCCAGACAAGAAACCCAAGCUUCCCCCCACACCACCCCACUACGACGACCUCGCCCCUCUGUACUCUGCCGAGCAGGGCAAGAAAGGGUAUGGACUGCUCAAGGCACAGUUUGAGCAUCGCGCGAGUGCGAGUAGCGCUUACUGGGAUCCGAGUGGGAGGAAGAUCGUCAGUACGAGCUAUGAUGAUCAUCUUCGUGUUUGGGAUCUGAAGGGAGAGUCGCUCGCCCGAGAAGCACCUUUCCAGGUAUUCAAGCCCCGCCGGCAGAUAUCUCAUAACUGCCAGACCGGGCGGUGGCUCACCAUCCUCCGGGCGCAGUGGAGUCCGAACCCGGACGUACAUCCCCAUUUUACGGUGGGGAAUAUGGAGCAUUCGCUCGAUGUGUUCUCCCAUACUGGAGAGGUAGUUGCGCAGCUGUAUGACAGUACCAAGAUCACAGCGGUGCAAGCGGUCACUUGUUCCCACCCGUCGAUCGUAGAGCGAGCAGUGAGCGGGAACGCCAGUGGAAGGUGUAUCCUCUGGGCCCCGGGGGAGGAGUAA